AUGACCAUUAUCGUGCACCACCUGAACAACUCGCGCAGUCAGCGCAUCCUGUGGUUGCUCGAGGAGAUGGGCAUCGACUACGAGAUUAAGCACUACGCUCGAACCGCUCAGGGUACCGCGCCACCCGAGCUUCUGGCCGUCCACCCCACGGGCAAGUCGCCGCUGAUCACCGACACCAACAACGGCAAGAACAAUGUCGUCGCCGAGUCUGGUGCCAUCGUCGACUAUCUCAUUCGCCACUACGGACAAGGCAGGUUCGUACCUGCUAACCCUGACCGGAUCGACGACGACGUCUUCUGGAACCACUUUGCCGAAGGCUCGCUCAUGCCGACGCUGGUCAUGAAGCUCGUGUUCAGCAUGAUUCCUCCCAAGAUGCCGUUCUUUGUACGACCUAUCGGGAACGCCAUCGUCAGCAAUGUCAACUCGGCCUUCCUCGAUCCGGAUCUCAAGCGCAAGUCCGGGUUUGUCGCCGACGAGCUCGACAAGAAGUGCGAUGGUGGCAAUGCCUGGAUUGCUGGUGGCGACAAGGACGGCAACCCCACCGCCGCCGAUUUCCAGAUGGCCUUCCCACUCGAAGCCGCGCUCUCCGGCCGCAUCUCGAACCUUCCAGCAUCGAUCAAGACCUAUGUAGGGAAGAUUCACGCUCGUCCCGCGUUCCAGCGUGGUCUCGAGAAAGGCGGUCCUUACGCAUAUGCUUGA